GGCGACGCCACACGGUCCUGCUGACGCUUCGCCGGCAGCUGCGGACGCUGAGGACGCUGGGCAUCAUCAUGGGCUCCUUCACCGUCUGCUGGCUGCCCUUCUUCGUGGCCAACAUGGCACGGCCGUUCCCGGAGGAGGAGGAGCAAGCGCAAGCAGCACAGACGCAGACACAAGCGCAGACGCAGACGCAGACGCAGACGCAGACGCAGACACCAGGCAGGGAGCUGCUGCUGUUCCUGAACUGGCUGGGUUACCUCAACUCGGCCCUCAACCCCCUGAUCUACUGCCACAGCCCCGAGUACCGCCACGCCUUCCGGGCGCUGCUGCAGAGCGCCUCCUCCGCGCUGGGGAGGGCCGGGCUGGAGGCCCUCUGCAUCUGCAAGCGCCUGAGCCUGAGGGCUGGACCUGGAGCAGGAGCAGUAGGGCCCCCCUGCCCUAGCCAGGCGCCGCCCUCCUAGUGACAACAC